UGCGAACCCCGACCCAGACGCCUAUGCGAUCGCGCACGACACUUCCGGCGACACCGAAUCGAGGAGCUCGCUCGCCAUGUCGUCGGCCGUAACGGCGGGCGGUGGCGCCGCCGCCGCCGAUGGUGCCCCGGAGGCGGCGGCGACGGCGCUGACAAGGAGGGAGAAGCGGAGGGAGCGGAAGAAGGAGCGCCGCCGGAGGGCGCGGAGGGAGGCCGCGGCGCGCGCGCGCGCGGCGGCCGAGGCGGAGGCGCCCGCGGCCACCGACCCCGAGGAGGAGCGCCGCCUCCUCGAGAUCCAGGAGGCCGAGGCGGCUGCGGAGUCCGAGCGUGCGCGCCUCGCCUUCGAGGACGCCGAGCGUCGGUGGCUCGAGGCUGCCGCUGCCCGCGCCGCGGAGAAGGCCGCGGCUGCUGCGGCCGAAGAGGAGGCCAGGGCUGCCGAGGCUUCUGCUCGAAAGGAGCCUAAAGAUGACCAAGGAAACCAGUCAGAAGAAGAUAGUGAAUGGGAAUAUGUUGAAGAUGGCCCAGCAGAAAUUAUAUGGAAAGGAAAUGAGAUCAUUGUGAAGAAGAAAAAGGUUAAAGUACCAAAAGGGUCCAAGGAAAAGCUGCCAGUUCAAGAGGAAGAUAGACCUACAUCAAAUCCGCUCCCACCACAGUCUGUUGCUUUUGCUGCUCAGAGGAGAGAACCUUCUUUGUCUGCUCAAGAAGUACUUGACAAAGUUGCUCAAGAGACACCGAAUUUUGGAACAGAGCAGGAUAAGGCCCAUUGUCCAUUUCACCUCAAGACAGGGGCUUGUCGCUUUGGAGUGCGCUGCAGUAGGGUUCAUUUUUACCCUGAUAAGUCAAGCACAUUGCUAAUGAAAAACAUGUAUAAUGGUCCAGGCCUUGCUUUGGAUCAAGAUGAAGGACUUGAGAUUGCAUGUUCUUUCGUGUUAUCUUCAGAACUUCGACUUGAGGCAUACAGUGAUCAGUUCACAGAUGAAGAGAUUGAACAAAGCUAUGAAGAAUUUUAUGAAGAUGUACAUACAGAAUUUCUGAAAUUUGGUGAACUUGUGAACUUCAAGGUAUGUAGAAAUGGAUGUUUCCAUCUUCGAGGAAAUGUUUAUGUGCACUAUAAAUCGUUGGAUUCAGCUCUUCUUGCCUACAGCAGCAUGAAUGGACGCUAUUUUGCUGGAAAGCAGAUAACAUGUGAAUUUGUUGCCGUGACAAGAUGGAAGGCUGCCAUAUGCGGUGACUACAUGAGGUCAAGAUACAAGACAUGUUCACAUGGAGUUGCGUGUAAUUUUAUUCACUGUUUUCGCAAUCCUGGAGGAGAUUAUGAGUGGGCUGAUUGGGACAACCCUCCUCCUAGAUACUGGAUUAGGAAGAUGACUGCUCUUUUUGGCCCCUCAGUUGAUACUAUGUAUGAAAAGGAGAGUGAUACCCCCAAUUUUAAAAGUUCAGAGGGCUCUGAUAGGAAGAAACUGAAAAUUUCCAGCAAUAGAUAUGUUUCAAGAGGAUCUAGGGACGAAGAUGUGCAUACACGACACUCUCAAGAUUAUUCACACUCUAAGCAAGAACAUAGUAGCCACAGCAUGAAUUAUGAGUACAAACGACAUAGAAGAGAUUCUUCAUCAGUAGAUAAGCACCGAAGGAGAGAUGUUGAAGAUACAAAUGGCAGACAAUUUUCAACCAUGGAAAAUGACAGUGAGUCCCAUAGGCACAAGCAUGAAGAAAGGCAUAGAAGUGAUCAUGGUAAUGGAGAGAAAAAAGAUGACAAAACUAGGCCUAGGAAGCACUGUUCUGAUAGGCGUGGAAGUUUGGAGCCUGGAUAUUCCGAUUGGCCUUCAGACUUCACUGAUACAGACAUCAGGAAGGGUUCUUCAGGUGAGAAGUCCACUAGCAGGUACGAGUAUGAUGAUGCCAAAAGGAGCAGGAGGGGAUCGUCGGAGUACUACAAUCUUGAAAGACACCACUCUACAGCUCAAAAACCAACAGGAAAGGAGCACAACACUAAAAGACGCUCGAGACGUGACAUUGAAGAUUAUUAUCAUGAUGAGAAAGAUGGCGGAAGAGGGAAAUCUCGAAAGCAUGAUCGGUGGGUAGCCACAAAUAGCGAUGUUGAUUCGGAUGUAGAUAGAUACCAGAGUUCAAGCUGUAAAGGCACUAGGUCGGGAAGGAAGGAGGAUGCUCAUCCAGACAGUGAAGCUUGGCAUCAGAGGUCAAGUAGAAGUACAAAGGAUGACAGGAGAAGGAAGCGGCACAGCGGUACUGAAGAGGGUACCUCAGAAUCAAGCAGUGGAGAUUUGAGCUCUGAUUCAGGGAGCCGUAGAUCGAGAAGCAGCGAGAACUUUUCAGCACACAGGUCAAAGAGGAAGCGAAGUGUGGGCAAGAAGUCUAGUUAGUGGUAAACAGUACGCGUGUGUGUGCAUUUAUAGAGGAUAGAUACCCAUGUUUUGCUGAGUUUACCCUCCCAUUCACUUUGUUAGCUAUCCUAGGUCUGUUUGGUUUAGCCUUGAGUUGUAAAAAAGCUGUUGGGAGCUGUGAAAAAGUUACAGUGAGCUAUGUGUAGUAGAAAAACUGUUUGGUUAAAACAAGUAUAAAACCUACCUCUUCUCUCUAUCUUGCUUGAAACAGCUGUGAAGCAGCUCUCUAUUUUCACAUAUUUCAAAAAGUAGAAAGCCAAAAGUAAGGUUCAAGGGAAGUAGUUUCAGAUUUCACCAUUUUGUAGUUGCUUUCUGGUUUUUUAGCAGCAGAAGCAUUUUUUAGGAGCUCAACCAAACACAGCUCGCCGUUUUUUUGGCUUAUAAGUUCUGUUACUAUGCACUGCAUUGGUGCGGUUAAUGACAUUGCUCAAUUCCAGACCCGUUCUUGGCUGUGUUAAUAUAUGUGUAUUAUUUC